AUAUUCCAUUCAUAGUUAUUGAGAAUGAAGGAUCAACAGAAAGGAUAAAUGGAAUGUACCGCUAUGUAUUGCAUCUUUAUAGUCAUCUUAUUAAUAGCCAAAAGAUACUGGUAACUCUUAUAGACAUUCAAGUUUUCUUUGACAUUCUCGUAUCAGAUGGAGAGACUCCAGAUGAAUGUGAAGAAAAGGUAGCUCGAGAAAAUAGAAUCCAACUCUCUGGGUGGUCUACAAUAAACAAAUAUAUACGUAAGAAAGCUCUCUUACGAGAUCGCACUCUUAUUCUUACAUGGGAUAUAGAAAUAUAUGCCUCACAAAUGGGAGAAUUUACAGAAGAGCGAAUGACAGGAAAGUUCGAAACAAAGGAAAAAAUCCUAAAGUGGAAAUAUUGUGGAAAGAUAGGAACGAAAUCUGAAAAUAAUUUCAUGAUGAAAGGAAAGAAAAAGAAUACAGAUGAAGAGGGGAUUAUAUGGGGAUCGGGUGAAGAAGUCGAGAAAAAAAAAGAUUAUAUGGGAGCAAUUAAGAUCAAAAUUACUGCAGAAGAGGAUUUCUUUUCCAGUUUUCUUAAACUGCCACAAUGUGUACUAAUUGAUAUCCGAGUGUGUCUCAAAAAACGUUAUCCCCAUUCUGAAGUCGAAAAGGAAGGAGGCAAAAAAAGACCCUCUCCUUUAACUGCAAGAAAAAUGCGAGAAGUAGCUAAUUAUUAUAUUAUAGAUGCAUUACGUUGUCAAGAGCUUUUGGUAAAGCUAAGUCAAAUAAAUAAUUACAGAGAAGUCGCUUCUAUAGCUCAUGUAUUUUUGUUCGACUCACACUAUCGUGCAAAUGGAAUGAAGGUACGAAACCUUUUAGGCGCUUAUGCUUUUAAACGUGAUAUAGUAUUUAGCUCAAGAGUAUGUGAAAAUAUAGAAAAAGGAAAAUAUCCUGGUGCGUAUGUUUUUCCACCUGAAAAGGUGAUUGAAACGAGAAGACCUGUAAAGGGAUUGGACUUUGCUUUAUUAUAUCCCAGUCUCAUCAUGGCUUACAAUCUCUCUCCAGAUAAAAUAAUACUAACACAUGAAGAGGCUGAUAUUGCAAAAAAAAUGAAAACAUUUUACAUAAGAUUGAAAGAUUUAUCUAACAAGAGGCUGGAGCUUAAAGCAUGUCUGACCCCACUAGGAAAGAAAAGGCAACAUCUUGAAAAGAUAAUAAGUUCAGCUAAAAAAAGAGGCAAAAGGAUUCCAGAAAGCUUAAAUUCGGAAUAUUCAUUCGUAUGCUUCGAUUACGAUUAUUGGGAUUUGAAGCAAAAAGCUUUAAAGGUAUAUAUGAAUACUUUUUAUAGGGAGGCAGACAACUCAAAAUCUCCAAUCUUUCUCCAUGAAUUAGCUGAAGGAACUACUUCAACAGGAAAAUAUAACCUUAAUCUUGUCGUAGAAUUCGUAAUAAAGAAAGGGUUUGGGAUAAAAUAUGGUGAUACCGUUUCUUUAUAUCUUACCUGCCCAGAUAAGUAUUAUGAAAAAUGGGAUGAAGCCUUUUCCAGAAAAGAUCUUUCUAAAGAAGC